GCGCAGUGAACAAUAUUGAAACUUCAUAACAUAUUCAACAAAAGACGAAAUUUUAAACAAAAUGCCUCUGUUUUCUAGUUCUACACCGUUUGACGGUGAUGUAGAAAAAGCCACAAGUGAGCUCAAUACGACAGAAAACUGGGCAUUAAUAAUGGAAUUAUGUGACAAAGUAGGCAGAAAUUCAAAUGGACCAAAAGAUUGUUUGACUUCAAUUAUUAAAAGAAUGAACCACAGAGUACCACAUGUUGCCAUGCAGUCACUAACAGUGCUUGAUGCCUGUGUUAGCAACUGUGGACACCAAUUUCAUUUAGAAAUGGCAUCUAGAGAUUUUAUAUCUGAAGUCAGAGUUUUAUUAGGUGGUAAGGCACAUCCAAGGGUAGCAGAGAAACUAGCACAACUUGUAAAGAAAUGGGCAGAAAAUGAAUUCAAAUCAGAUGCCUCGCUUCAUCUCAUUCCAACAUUGUAUAACAGUCUUAAAAAGGAGGGAUAUGAUUUUAGUACAUCUGAUACAAAGACCAGUACGAAAGUGGAGACUUUGUCAAAAGACCCUAAUGUGGUCAACAGUCAGCAAGAAGAAGAUGAUAUUGCAAAAGCCAUAGCAUUGUCUUUGAAGGAAGAACAGUCCAGCAAAACUAAAACCACAACAACAUCAAGUUUAUACCCAAGUAUGGGAGGGGGAGGUGCCAGUGCAAUAUCAACAGUUUCUUCUAACAGUACUCCAGAGAAAAAAGAAAGAAGGGUGGUUCGUGCAAUUUAUGAUUUUGAGGCAGCUGAAGACAAUGAAUUAACAUUUAAAGCUGGUGAGAUAAUAGGUGUUAUAGAUGACUCUGAUGUCAACUGGUGGAAAGGCUCAAACUUCCGUGGAGAAGGACUAUUUCCCGCCAACUUUGUAACAGCAGAUCUAACUGCUGAACCAGAGGAACCAGUAAAGGAGAAGAAAUCUGUUCAGUUUAAUGAGGAGGUUGAAGUGAAGACGGUUGAGAGGCUACCUGAGACAGUUAGGAUUGACGAGAGCCGGAUAGAUGACUGCCUUGAGAUGAUUCAGAAUGCCGACCCUACAGGAGAGACUAGACCAGACACCCCAGAGAUGUUGGGGCUUGAGAGUGAAUGCAAGGCAAUGGGACCCCUCAUAGACCAAGAGCUAGAAAAAAUUGAUAGGAGUCAUGCCAGAUUAAGUGACAUUAACAAACAAGUGAUAGAUGCUCUACAAAUGUACAAUAAUUUAAUGAAGGAGGGUCUUUACUUACCAUCAGCACAAAAGAUGUCACUACCACCCGGUGGAUAUCCAAAUAUGGGCAUGCAACAACAACCUAUUCCAAACCAGAUGUAUAAUGGUCAGCAAUUUCUCCCUGGCCAGGGUCAGGUCCCAAAUAUGGGCCAGCCUCAGAUGAACUCGCUGCAUGGACCUGUAGAAAACCAGGCCGGUAUGGGUCAAGGUCAACCCAUAACCCAAGGUCAACCUAUGGCUCAAGGUCAACCCAUGGUUCAAGGUCAUAUGGCACCAGCACAACAAAGUUAUUCACCUACACCAACUAAUCAACCACAGUAUACAGAGAAUACAUCCAUGCCCAGCAACGGCUAUACUCCCGCCUCCACAAUCUCUACCUAUAGUAACCAGCAAGAAAUGGCCCCUCAUUUAACAAACACGCAAGCACCACAACAACAGAUUCAGAACUUUAUUCCUUCAACUAUUCCUCAACAACAGAUGUAUGUUCAGCAACAGCAACAACAGCAGCCAUUAUUAUAGGACUAGAUUAGGACACUUGAGGGUAGAGGAUGAAUAAGGAGGAUUUGUGCAUGUAUUUUGUGAUGAUGUCGUAUUUUCCCAUUGGAACCAGUUUGUACCAGUAUAGAUAUUAACUGCAAAUAUUGCAGGUAUCUCAGAUAUUUCCCUAUUAAAGUCCAGAUUUUUUCUAAUAAACUAUGUCAACUACAACAUGUAAUUAAUUAUCAGAGGUAUUCAGAGUAAGAAUAAUGUUUUUUGAAAAUAUUAUCCCCACUCCAGCAUUUUGUAAUGUCUCCAAGUCAGAUUUAUUUGGACAUACUGUCACUCCUAUGAAGCCAUUAAGGUUUUGGAUAGGGGCUAUGUAAAUUUACAAUACUUGAAAGAAUCAGUCAAUAGCUAGGUGUAAUUAUUGCUUGGGGAAAUGCUUAUGGGUGAGAUGAUAAAUCCAUUUGGGAGAAUAUUGUAUAAGGUAUCAUCUAGAAAUACAACCUUAUACAAGAUGGGAGAAUGUUGUGUAAGG